UUUGACGUUACACCAAGAUGUCCAUGCCCGUCUGAUAGUUGAGAGUCUGUGACCGCUGUGAUGAAAAAUUGUCAUUCGUGACUUUUGAAUGUAGGUGUCGUCGUAAAUGUAGCACCGCAUUAAAACAGAGGUUUUGGGGAAAUUUGAAUCAUAAGAAUGGCUCGGGUUGUGAAAGUGUUUCGGACUCUGCGGAAUCACUGGAAGAAAUCCACAUUUGCUGUGUGCGUUCUGUCGUACGGGGGCUACUGGUUGUAUGGUAAACACUGUGACAGUCUUCUGCGGAGAGAGGCUUGUCUAGUGGCCAGGGAAUAUGGGCGUCAACAGAUAUCACCACAGGAGAGGCUGAGGAAAGCAACAGUGAUAUUGAACCCUGCAGCUUGUAGUGGGAAAGCCAACAACCUGUUUGAAAAGAAUGCUGCUCCUAUUUUAAACCUGGCUGGUGUGGAGAUUACAGUCGUAAAGACGGACUAUGAAGGCCAGGGAAAAAAGCUGUUGGAGCUCAUGGAAGAGACAGACAUGCUGAUCGUGGCUGGAGGGGAUGGCACCUUGCAGGAGGUCAUCACAGGGUUACUGCGACGGUCAGAUCAAGACACAUUCAGUAAAACACCGAUUGGAUUCAUUCCUCUGGGCUCUCAUAAUUCCCUGAGUCCAAGUCUUCACCUCCUCUGUGACAACAAGGUUAAAGACAUUACAUCUGCAACAUUGUCUAUUCUGAAGGGAGAAACUGUACCUCUGGAUGUGCUGCAAAUUAAAGGCGAGAAAGAGCAGCCAGUCUUUGCUCUGAUGGGACUACGUUGGGGAGCUUUUAGAGAUGUGGCUGCAACAAUCAGCAAAUACUGGUACCUUGGGCCACUGAAGACAAAUGCAGCACACUGGUUUAGUACUCUGAGGGAGUGGCCCCUGGUCCGGGAUGUCUCGGUGUCCUACUUGGCUCCCAGCCUUCGCCCCCCUGACCUGCCCCCACAGAAGCCCCCCAGGCCAAAUCUGCUCUACCGCAUCAUCCGCAGGCUGAAAAACUACAUGAACCCGCCUGUUGAAGAGCCUCCCAAAGUGGAGGAGCCAGAGAAGUGGGAGGAGCAGCAGUUGUCGACGUUAGAGCUGUUUAUCCAAACACACAACAAAAACCCUGUGGAGAGGCGCACAAAUGACUCCCUGAUGAUCUGUGCGGAGCCCAGUGACUUCACUGUGAGCGAGUUCAUCACUGUCGGAAAUAAAAAAGAAGAGGACUCAACUGUAUUCACUAAAAACUCCACAAAACUCGAAGCUAGUGCUUGCCAGCUGCAGCUGCCAGAGGGUGCCGGUGGCUUUUUCAACAUCGACAACGAGGAGUAUGACGCUAUGCCUGUGGAGGUAAGGCUGUUGCCACGGAAACUACGCUUCUUCAUCAGUGCAGAGCGCAAGGAGCAGCUCCUCUCACAGACGCAGUGAUGAGAAAACCUAAAAUGUAAAACUUCAAAGAAGACGAGCAGCAGGAUUGAUUUUAAAAGAAACACACAAAAAAAAAAAAACAGAUGCCAUGAAACUGAGUUUAUUUUGAAAACAGAUUUCUGCUUUGCCAUCAACUGUAAAUGAUCAUGGAGUGCUGAUGGUUUGAACAAUCUGUUUUACUACAUGUUGACAUGAAAUAUUCAGUUGUUGUUAUUUUUAACAACUAUGGAGAGGAAUACAUUACAGGCUGUUGUAUGUGAAAGGACCAAGACUUUGAUUCUCUAAGCUUGUAACUCAUGUACAGGUUGUCUUACAAAUGGACUUUAUGUUUACUGAAUUGUUUACUGUUGCCAUCAUAUCUGAACUUGGUCAAUAAAAAAUAAUCUUUCCAAUUCAA